UGCUGUGUUCUCAGUAAUUCUUUUCGUGAAAUUAGUGUCCCAGAGAAAACUUUUAGUUUUAUGGUGAAAUAAAUCAUACUUACCCGUUCUGUUUUAAUAAAUUGUUUGCCUUUUUACUUAGUUUAUUAAUUUUUAUCAUGAACUUUCAAACAAGUGUGUUCUGUUGGUGUGGGUAUUGGGCUAAUGUAAAUCGGACGCUCCCAAUAUCAACGGUUGCUGUAGCUAAUGAAUUUUUUGUGCAUCUUACGAUAAAGCACUAAAUUGGCUUUUAAAUUGUUAUUGUGUUUGUAAAAUGACGUUUUUGUGUGGUUUUUUCAUACGGAUGUCUGUGAUUAGAAAAUCAUCGUAAUGGGUGACAAAUUGAAUAGAGAAUACUACGCUCCAGGGGCAGCAGCCUUCAAUUAUAACAAUGUGACAGGCGGUGGGGACAGCGCGAGCGGCGGGUCCGGCGGCUCGGGCAUGGAGUGCCUGCAGCUGCGCUCGCCGCCCGGACCCUUCCACUACCUUAUCUCGGAGCAGGCUAAGUCACUCGUCGCGCUACAGGAACUUCAGAAUGAGGUCGGCGCUUUGCUCGAGUUUCGCGACCUCGUUAUCGAGACAUUCCCGAACCUGCGGUCGAAGAUGGCUCCGUCGACACCGGCGAGCGGCACCCGGCGCGACUGGGAGCCGGGCGUGCGCGUGCGCCGCAAGCUCGCCGGCGGGACGGGGGACGCCACUAGAGCCAAGCCGCAGCCCUCCGUGCAGGACUCGGGCUUUAGUACCGAGACCUCCUGCGGGAAGGACGCCCACUCCUCCGCCUCCGCCCCCCGCACGAGGCCGCUCGAGGACGAGCUGUGGGCGCUCCUUGACGUCAUCCAGCGGAAGGGCAUCAAACUGCGCGACGAGGCGGAGCUACUCCGGAGCGAGAUCGACGAGCGGCACUCCAACACGGCCGAGGAGUCGUUCGCUCGGGCGCUUUCGGCGGGUUUCGGAGAAUGCACGGACCUCGUGCGACUUCGCAACGAGAGGGAUGCCCUACUCGCGCACGCGGCUCAGCUGGAGGCGGCGGCGGCGGUCAGCCCCCCGGCCGCCAGCACGCCGCUCGGCCGCCUCGACACCGCGCUCCACACGCCGGCCCGACCGCCCCGCGUACCAACCCCGGAUUCCAAAAAGUUCGCUGCGAUUCUCCUCGAGAGCAAUCCAGUCGAACUACAACGGCAACUCCUCGUUUCCACCGUUCAGAAUCAGGUGAUUUGUGAACAGCUCAGACGCGCUGCUGCCCAGAGAUCUGCUCUGCUGGAAAAAUUAGAACGAGCGCAAGAUCAAAAUGAAGACCUUAAAUUCAGGCUCGAGGAGAAGAGUAUAGAAUUGGAAGGGGCGAAGGCGAGAGUGAGACAGCUGGAAAGCAGACAGCGAAGCGAGGGCGACGACCCGCACAGCAGCAUGCGCGAGAUGCAGCCGCUGCGCCUACCCGACGAGCCGCGCAUCACCGAGACGCCGCGCCCGAGCAUGGCGGGCAGUAUGGACCGCAGCGUGGCGGACCGCAGCGUCGCGGACCGCAGCGUCGCGGACCGCAGCGUAGACACGCCGCGGCCCAAGCCCAGCCGCAUCCCGCUGCACACGGCGCACAAGGGCACAGCCCCGCGGCCGCCGUCUCGGCCCGCGUCCGCCCACUCGUCCCGCUCCGGCUCGCGCGCGGCGACGCGGCCGGCGCGCUCCGCCGUGCCCGUGCGCCGCUCGCCCGCGCCCGCGCCGCCCGACAAGGUGCGCUCCCGGUCCAUCUGGACGUGGUUCCUGCCCAAGGACUCGUAG